AUGGUCUUCUCCUGGAAAGUAAUCAUAACCGUCUUCGUGCUCUACACUAUCGCAAUCGAUGGAAAUCGUGCUCGUCGACAUCGACGUCAAACAAUAUUAAAUGCCAAUCCGAAUAAUCCGAAUCAACAGCCUUUACCGCCCAAUCCUCAAAUUCUCAAUGCACAAGGAGCACCACCUUCGCAACAAAUUGGUCAGAACGAAAUGGUUGCUGGUAAACAAGGCUCUCGACAAUUUUAUUAUCCUUAUCAGGGACAAACCGGGUACGGCACAGUUCAAGGUUUGAAUUAUCCAUACGCUGGUGCCGGCGUUGGUUCUUAUCAAUAUGGAUAUGGGCAAUAUGGACAGUAUGGACAAGGAUUGGGAAACUAUGGUGCUUAUUAUAAUCAAAAUCCAGGUUCGAGUAGUUUCUAUGGUGGUUAUAAUAGUGGAGGUUAUUAUAAUCGUCCUGGUUAUUCAAAUUAUUAUCCAUCAUCAGGUGGAAACUAUUAUGGUGGUUACUACUGGGCUGGUGGUCAAAAGCAAAAUAUCAACAAAUUCACUGUAUUUCUCUCUACGAUACUCAUGUUAGUUAUGUGUUUGGUUGCUGUUUGA